UCCUUGUCGUCAUUGACAACAUGGCAUUCCAACCACACUCAUCUCGACCGAGACCCUAAGUUCACCAGCAAGUUCUGGAAGGAACUUAUGUCUCUCCUCGGGACCAAACUCGCCAUGUCAUCUGCUUACCAUCCACAGACAGACGGACAGACCGAGCGCCUCAACCAAAUUGUUGAGCAACUCCUCCGAGCAGCCUGCAAGGACGAGAUCUCCAAAUGGGACUUGCACCUGCCCGUACUAGAGUUUGCUUACAACAAUUGCUACACAUGCCGCUACUGGACAGACGCCGUUCUUCCUCUGCUACGGACGCCACCCACUCACACCACAAAAACCGACAGCAUCAGCUACAGUCCAACCAGCACAUGAUUUCAUCACAACCAUGCAUCAG